CUCCCCCAGUUUAACUCAAGCCUGAAGCAAACGUUAGCUAGUUGUUUGCCCAAUAGGUAGCAAAACUCAUAUCCUAAAACAUUCCGAUGAAUUAAUUGUUACUUGACUUGUCGUAGGAGAAAAGAACGAAAUUGAUGAAAUGAACAGUAGACUGCAGGAAAUCCGCGAGCGUCAAAAACUCAGGCGGCAGCUUUUAGCCCAACAGUUGGGAGCUGAAAGUGCAGAGAGCAUUGGGGCUGUGCUUAACAGUAAAGAUGAACUAAAAGAAAUAGAAGAGACAAGAGAAACAUGCAGGGCGUCGUUGGAUAAUUCUGCUCCUCCCUCCAAGAGAAAGACUCUGACAGAAAGCGAUGACACUGAGGAAGAUGUGGAGGAACAAAAAGAGGAGGUGGAAGUCCUGCCAACUGAGGAGAGCAACCCUUAUGAGGAAGUUUACAAGGACUCAAGUACUUUCCUUAAGGGUACACAGAGUUUGAACCCUCACAAUGAUUACUGUCAGCACUUUGUUGAUACAGGCCAUAGGCCGCAGAACUUCAUUCGAGAUGUUGGCUUGGCUGAUCGAUUUGAAGAGUACCCCAAACUGCGAGAGCUGAUCCGACUGAAGGACGAACUCAUCUCUACGACUAACACCCCUCCCAUGUACCUCCAGGCCGACCCAGAGCACUUUGACCUGCAGGAUUUAAAAAGUGAGUUUGAUGUCAUUCUACUUGAGCCUCCUUUAGAGGAAUAUUACAGAGAGUCAGGCAUCAGCCACACAGAGCGCUUCUGGACCUGGGAUGAUAUCAUGAAGCUGGAGAUUGAAGAGAUAUCCGCCCUGCGGUCAUUCGUCUUUCUCUGGUGCGGCUCAGGUGAAGGCCUGGACUUGGGAAGAAUGUGUUUAAGGAAGUGGGGCUUCAGGCGUUGCGAAGACAUCUGCUGGAUCAAGACCAACAAGAAUAACCCAGGCAAGACAAAGGCACUGGACCCAAAAGCAGUGUUUCAGAGGACAAAGGAACAUUGCCUGAUGGGUAUCAAAGGAACGGUGCGGAGAAGCACAGAUGGUGACUUCAUCCAUUCCAACGUGGACAUCGACUUAAUCAUCACGGAGGAGCCCGAGAUGGGAAACGUGGAGAAGCCCGUUGAGAUUUUUCACAUCAUUGAGCACUUCUGUUUGGGACGCAGGAGGUUGCACCUUUUUGGACGAGACUCAACCAUCAGACCGGGCUGGCUGACAGUGGGCCCCACUCUCACCAACAGUAACUUCAACCCAGAGAGCUACGCGGCACAUUUCGCUUUGCCAGAUUCCCACCUCUCCGGUUGCACUGAGGAAAUUGAGCGACUGCGGCCCAAAUCGCCGCCUUCUAAGAUGAAGUCGGACCGUGGUGGCGGAGCACCCAGAGGAGGGCGCAGUGGUCCGAAUGCUGGGAGAGGUGGAGAGAGAGGGCGGGAAAGAAAUAGACCAAACUUCCGUGGAGACAGGGGUGGAUUCCGGGGCCGGGGAGGACCACAUAGGGGCUUUCCCCCACGCUAGCGCUAUAAUACUCACUCAACUGGUGCUCGUUAGAUUUGUGCUUUGAUUUGACUGGAAACAAGUUUGGCCCGUUUGAUCUCCACCCAUCGACCACAUUUUGGUACAACAGCACAAUCUAAUGUGCUCUCAGAUGCAAGCUAUACAUCUGACUUCUCGACUGUAAUCUCCUUGUGUUUGGCCUUCAGUGAUGUUGUUUCACAAAUGUAUUUUUACAAAAAUUCACUCAGUCUGAAUACACUGAUUAUCCAGCAUUGUUGUGUCAGAUACUCAUUUGUCUCAAUAUACUAUGUCAGUGGCCUAAUAGCAUAAAUUCCCCUUUUUCUUAAUUCAUCUUUUGCGGAUUACCAUGACUUGGAUAUUUAAUAUGCAAAGGUGGGAGGGGGGAUCUAUAGCAACCAUAUUGGUAUUUACUGUUUAAAAAAAAGAGAUUGCAACAGUACAGUUGUAGGAAGAAGUGUUAAUCUUACAUUUCAGCGUCAAUU